AUGAACACAAGCGAUGCCAACCACUCAAUGAGUAUUUAUGACACCAUAGAGCACGACAUGAGACACUCCAAGGAGUACCUGGCCAACAUGAAGUUCAACUACAUCGAGGUUCUGCACAAGUCUAUUUUUCUGAAAAGACUGAGAGGACAGAAGGAAGAAGAAGAAGCUACCAGCCAGAAAGAAGAGCUUGUAGAGACAAAAAAAAGAAUAGAAGAGCUGAGGAAGAGGUUUGAGAAAAUAUCGCAAGAGGUCAUCCAGCUUAGAGAGCAGGCAGAGAGACAGGAGAACGCUCUAAGAGCAACAAGAGAGAAAGAGAUAGUUAUGAAGAAAAGAAUUGAUGAAAUAUCAAACACUGAAAAGACGCUUAAGAAGUUCACAGAAAUAAAAAGGGAGCACGAGUUCAGAGUGGAAAAAAUAAGACAGAUAAAACAAAAAAUCGAAGAAACGGAGAAUGAGAUUAGCGCAAAAAAACAAACGGUAAACACAAAGCUAUCUGCCAAAGAGUCACUAAUGUCGCAGAAAACCUUUUUACAGGAAAGACUGAAGGAUCUGCAAAAAACAGCAAACCAGCAGCUGGUUUACCAGUACAACUGGUACAAACAGUUCAUUAGCGUAUUCUACAAGCUAGUGGGAAUCAGAGUGAUCGAUGUGAGACAGAGCAUCCACAAACACCAGGAGGCCGUGUACACAAGCAUCGAGAACGGGAAGAAAGAGAAAAAAGAGAAUACAAACGAGAUAAGCAUAAAGCUGCUGUCAAAACAGAAAGAAAAAACCGUCGUAAUUACCCUGGUCUUUGUAGAUGGAAAGAUACACGGACACACCAUACACAAAACAGAGGGAACGUCGCAGAUAGAGCCAAUCUCCUGCAGCAGCCUCUUCAACUAUUGCAAGAAAGUCAACAGCACAAAAUACUUCAUAUUUGAGAGCAUCUACCAGCAGCUGAGCCACAGGGAGUAG